AUGGCAUGGACAGUCCCCUUGCAUGAGGGCUGCAUCGCUGGUAUGUCUGUUUUAGCGAACCUUGCAUCAGGCCUUCACAUGCUCUGCGGUGCAAUUGAACUUGACAAGGUCAACCACCCACGCUGCAGUGAGCUCAUACAUGGUUCCACUUGGCCUGCAUCUUCUUAUAAGGACACAACACCGUCUAGAUCCAGGUCUACAGACCUGCUCUUCAAACCAUUCACGAUGCCACUAGGAACUGGUACCCUCACAAGCGACAAAGGACGCGUCCUUGGUCAAUUCGAAGUCGAAGGCGCGCAGUACAUUUUUGUGGGAAAUUUGACUGGCUUUGGGCAGUCAUUCUCAAUUCCCAACGCCGAUGUUGCCUAUGAAUCCGCCGAACAGCUGCACAAACAAUCCGAAGAAUUCGAACAACUGCCUGUGGAGAAAGAUCAGAUUCAGCUCAGGCUCAAAAACGGGGUUGCUAUCACCGGCGGCUUUGAUAUGCCCUUCAGUGACGGUGAAGUGAAGAAAGGGACCAACGUUGGAGGAGGGGCGUAUAUUUUGUACCUUUGCAUCUUUGCAUCUUUGCAUCUUUGCAUCUACAUCUAUUCCAUCAUGUCUUACUAUAAUCGUGAGUAUCUUCGGUGGGAGAAAAGACCAUCGCUAACCCAUGUAGAACCUCCCGGAGGAUAUGCACAGCAAGGACCUCCAGGUGGCCCGCCCCAGGGCUAUCAACAGCCUCACCAGCCCUACGGUGCGCCGCAAGGCCACUACCCUCCCCAAGGCCCUCCUCAAGGUCAAUAUCCUCCCCAGGGUCACUACCCGCCUCAGCAAGGGGGUUAUCCUCAGGGCCAUUACGGUGCUCCUCCACAACAAGGCCACUACGGCGCCCCCUCUCCGCAACCCCCCGCCGGAUACCACGCGCCAUCCCCACAACCUCCAUAUGGCCAUGCUCCUCCGAACCAACCCCCUCCCGGCGCUCACGGAUAUCCGCCCCAGGGCCAGGCACCAGGAGGAUAUGGACCACCCGGUGGUUACCCUCCCCAGCCUCAGGUGAUUCCCUCAAGACCUUCGCUCGGCUAUAUCCCAGGCACGCUAGCACCCGGCGACUUCCGCCCCCAAGCGGAUGCGCUGCGCAAAGCGAUGAAGGGCUUUGGUACAGAUGAGAAGGCUCUGAUCGCGGUUCUGGCACCCCUUGACCCACUGCAGGUUGCCGCCGUGCGCGACACCUUCUCAAAACACCUGGGUCGUGAUCUGGUCAAAGACGUCAAGUCCGAGACCAGUGGAUAUUUCGAACAAGGUCUCAUUGCCGUGAUUAACGGACCACUUCUGCACGAUGUCGAGAGCGUACAUUCUGCGAUCGACGGCGCAGGAACAAAGGAAUGGCUCCUAAACGAUAUCCUCUUGGGUCGGUCCAACGCCGAUCUUAACGCCAUCAGAACUGCCUACGAAAUUAGAUACGGGCGCUCACUCUCAAGAGACGUCGAGUCCGAUCUCUCUUUCGGAACUUCCGAUCUCUUCGCCACUGCCCUCCGGGCAGCGCGUCAUGAGGAAUCCGCGCCCGUCAACCCCCAGACCAUCGAAGCGGAUGUCCGUUGUCUCCAGGGCCCCAAGAAUGUAAAGGAAGUGUGCGCGAUCUUUGCUCGGUCCUCAGAUGCCGAAAUCCGUGCUAUCAAUCAGACUUUCCAGUCCCGCUACAACACUUCUCUAGAAAAGCACAUUGAGAAGGAAUUCUCGGGCCACAUGGAAGAUGCACUGCUUCACAUGCUUCGCACUGCUACGGAUCCUGCAAUGCGGGAUGCAAUGCUGUUGGAGGACUGCAUGAGUGGUAUGGGCACCAAGGACGAGCGCCUGGUAGUUCGCGCUGUUCGCACUCACUGGGACCGCAGCCAUAAGGAAACUGUCAAGCGCGCUUACUACCACAAGUUCGGGAAGCCUUUGGUAGAACGGGUGCGUGGAGAAACGUCUGGUGAUUACGGGCGGUUGAUGGUUGCUCUUCUUGAGUAA